UAUAUGUGCUACUGGCAUUUUUGACAAAGAAGGACAGAGAGAAGAAAGAAGUGUACCAUGAGCACCUUAAAUUCAGUGAUGUCUGCAAAUGCCACGUUUGUUCGGCCUCAGUUUUUUUAUAUUAAUGGGUUUUCUGGCAUUCCCCACGCACAGUACUACUAUGUUUUCUUGUGUUUUGUUUAUGCUGUAACAGUACUAGCAAAUGCCUUCAUUUUGUUCAUCAUAUACAUAGAGCAAAGUCUUCACACACCAAAGUAUAUGGCUGUUUUUAAUUUGGCUGUAGUUGAUAUGUGUGGCAGCACAGCACUUAUUCCUAAGAUGAUAGAAACCUUUGUCUUUGAUUCUCAGUUCAUCACAUAUGAAGCUUGUAUAGCCAAUAUGUUUUUUGUACAUUUCUUUUUUUUCCUAGAGUCACUUACUCUAGUUGUAUUGGCCUAUGACAGAUUUGUUGCUAUUUGCUUUCCCCUGAAAUAUCACAUUGUCAUCACUAAUUCCCAAAUGGCUGUGAUUCUUGCUGUUGUAUGGUUUCUCACAUCAGGUCUAGUGAUUACAUGUGUGGGUUUCAUUACCACACUCUCAUUCUGUAAAACCAUUGUGAUUGACAGCUAUUUUUGUGAUCAUGGACCUAUGUAUCGCAUGGCCUGUAAUAAUAACUUCCCAAGUUACAUAAUGGCAAAAAUUGCUAUCACAGUUUUGCUUUUUGCACCACUUGUUCUAAUUCUGUUAUCUUAUGUUUGCAUUAUUUUUGCAUUGCUGAAAAUUGCAUCAGGUGAGCAACGCCUUAAAGCCAUGAAAACCUGCACCUCUCACCUACUCUUAGUAACUGUUUUCUAUCUUCCAAUAUCAGCCACAUAUAUUGCUGCAAUCAUGUCCACUCUUCACCCAAAUACCAGAAUAAUAAGUACAUCCCUGUCUUCCACCAUUCCACCAAUGCUGAAUCCCAUCAUUUACACGAUCAAAACAGAGGAGAUUAUGACAGCAAUUAAAAAACGUUAUAAAAGAAACAAGACCAUCACUGCUACCAAUUAUAAAUGA